UCACUGGAGAGAUGGACUCACGCACCAUCGAGGUGCUGGCCAGCUGGAUGCUGGAACAUCCCAUCACAGGAGAGGGCUCAUCUGUAGGGGGCGCCACUGAUACGUCCUCAUCUGAAGGGCCAGAGACGGUCCAGUGCCCUGAGUCUCCAGCUCCUCUCACCCUACAGGAGAGCAGAGAACCCUGCGAGAGUCUGUUGGCAGGUUUGGACUUGGUGGAGAGAGAGAACUUCUUAGAUGUUCACCUCACCAGGAACAGACCCCCACCUGCACGGAGGCAGCGGUCCGGAGUAACUCAGAGAACAUCUUUCAGGAGAGCCGACUCCCCGUCGCCCAGUCCUGUCCCACCGCUGUACGCACAGGACGUGGGAGUGGCAGAGUGGCCAGAGCGGGCCGAAACGCACCCGUUUGCUGCUGAAGACGACUCCGAGCUGGGCUACAUGGAUGAUCCGUACCAGGAAGAGCCGUAUGAGGAGCUGCUCACCCCAGAGUUCAUCACCUCUGAGAGGGACACGCUGUGGAUGGUAGAGGGAAGAGAUGAGCCCCCGGAUCCUCAUGAGAUGGUGGAGUGUGAGCUGUGUAACACACUCACCCUGCAGUUCAACAACCACAUGAAGCGUCACCACCCGGGCUGCGGUCAGAGCGCCGGUCGCCGUGGUUACCGCAGCAACGGAGCCUACGUGGACGGCUGGUUCGGAGGGGAAUGCGGAUCAGGCAGCCCGUACUACCUCCUGUGCACUGCAUGCAGGGAAAAGUACCUAGCCUCAAACCUGGGGGUUAUGAGCUCCAAACAGGACAGCGCAAGAGGUUUGGCGUCUGAUCUGAUUGGUCAGUUAGAUGGUACAUCAGAAGAUGAAUGGGAUCUAGGUAACCAGGAAGACUCGGAUUCAGACAGGCUUACAGGUUUGGAGGACUUUGGGAUUCUUCUGAGGCCUUUGGGUCUGAGUGAGAAGAAGCCCGUGCCCAACCCAAUCCCCUUCACUGAACACGACCCGCUCGGAGCCCUUGUUAGUGGUUCGGUCAGCGGCGCCAACAACCUGCUCUACAAAGGUGUUGUCAGCACCGAGCUGAAGAGCUCCUCGGUUCCUCUGAGUCUCGGGGAGCAGGCAGCAUCCCUGCGGGAGCCCCAGGAGAGACUGUUGGCUCUGAGGAGAGUCACCUCCACCGCUCAGAUCCUGCUGGCCUACAGUAUAGUGAUAAGAGCGCUCUCACAGACGUCCACCAGUUGUUCAGUGUGUAAUCAGUCCAGUGGUCUGGAGGCUCUGGGUCUGGCUGACAUCCGUAUCCUGGUGCGGCUGAUGUGUCUGGCAGCGGGGGGGCGUGUCCACACAGGCGUGGGCCAGCAGGGAAUCGGGCGUGGCUCUGUGAAUGAUCGCACAGGCUCCGCCUUCCUAUCUUUCCUCAGCUCUGCUAUCGGCAGUUUAGUGUCUCACAGUCCUGCUGCCUACAGAGAGUUAGUGGACAUCUGCACUCAGGAUCUCAUGGCAGCAGCUACAGGGAUGAACAUUAGCGCUAUCACCGAUCCGCAGCAGAGGAUGAGGCAAAGCUCCGCCCUCAAGGGGGCGCCACAGGAGCUGAGAGAACUGACCCCGCCCACCUUCCUGGUCACACAGAGUCUGGUGUCCCUCCUGACGGAGAAAGGCGUUCGAUACCGUUAUAAUGUGCAAAGAAGCGAUUCCACUGAAUCAAAGGAAGGCGGAAGCCCUCCACCCUCAGGUCCCCCUCACUCUCAAGCGGGAGUGCGGGUCGGGCCGCUGGAGCUGGCUAAUGCGCUCGCUGCCUGUGCCCUGUCGGCCAGGCUGACCAGCAGACACCGACAGUGGGCGGCACAACAGCUGGUCCAGGCCUUGGCGGUCUCUGAGAAAGACAACCCUGUCAGACCCCAGACAUACAGCGACAUGGCUGGAGAUCUGCGCAAGUGUCCCAUCAAGAAGCUGGAAGGACAUCUGAACAGGGUGAGCAGCUGCAGCUGGAAUUCAGAACAAGGUCUGUUGGCCACCGGCUCACAGGACGGAACUGUUCGACUGUGGGCCGUAACGCCGAACACAGCAGAACUGCAGCACACACACACCUGCAGCGUCAGUGAGGAUGCUCAGAGCUCAGAUGGUUCAAUGGGAUCUCAUCUGCUGUCCGCCGUAUCGUGGAGCGCAGGGGGAACUCUACUGGCCGCCUUCCAGAACAAACUCAUCAACAUCUGGACUGUCAAUGGUCAGACCAGCAUCCUGCUGCCACACACAGCACCAAAUCUUCUAUGUACUCAGGCACACAUCGAGGCUCAGUCCUCCUGGGUCACUGCACUCUCGUGGGUUCAGACCUCCACUCCGUUCCUCAGUCCUGAAGCCUGCAGCCAGGUCAGCGCUCCUGAGAGUCUGCUGGUGGGCCGGCUGGAUGGCUCCCUCUGCUGGCUGGAGGUCACAGACGACUUGAGGGUGGAGCGAACAGAGCUCACUCACUGCUACAGGAAAGAAGCACCUCAGUGUCUGGCCUGGUACAGUGUUGAAAAACCCUUUGCCGUGGGCUACCCCGAUGGCAAAAUUCUACUAGCAACAGCUGAGAGCUACGAAAUCGAGCCGCCUGUUCUGCUAACAGCAUUUCCUGAGAGUGUGAGUGCGCUCCGGUGGGACCCUACCGGUCAUCUGCUGCUGUCUGUGGGCCGCUCUGAGGUGGUGAAGAUCUGGGGUCGUGCCAGCGGUGCGUGGGUCACCCUCCACUCUCUGUUCCACAUGGGCACAGUCAACACGGCCGAAUGGUGCCCUCUGCCCGGCAGAGGACCGGAGCCUCGUCUUAUGAUGGCAGUUGGAUGUCAAAAUGGCCUCCUGUAUGUGUGGACUCUUCCUCAAGGGGGCACUAAUGUCUCAGCGCCCAAUUUCCUCACCCCUUCUACCAGCCAAGACAAGAGCAAUGCCAUCAAGCGGGGCAAUGCUAAAUGUGUGUUCCGCCUGAGUGGGCACAUUACGGCGGUAAAGACCCUGUCCUUUUGUCCCAGUGGACUUGCACUGGUGUCUGGAGGAAUCGGAGGGGUGCUCAACAUCUGGUCUCUCAGGGAUGGUUCAGUCCUGCAGACUGUGGUUACAGGAAUGGGCUCUGUGGUUUGUACCACCUGGAUCCCACACAUAGGGGUGACCGCUUGUUCUGGUAGAUCAAAGGAUGUUUUGCUUAUUCGCUGUACCCCAGACUGGAUCUCUCAGAAUCACGUUCUGGCCUCCUGCCGUUCCGUUCUACGCAGUCAGGGCAUUCUGGGAUUGAAUCGUGCCCCCUGCAUGGCCGUCUUUCUUGAGCGCCUUCCCACAUUGCUUCAGGAGCAGUACAGCUAUGAGAAGAGUCAUGUGAUGGCAGGCGAUCAGUUGACCCACAGUGCCUUUCUUCAGAGUCUGGCCGCUCUGGCCGUGGGUCUCUUCUUGGAUCAGUUACUGUGCCAUCAGCCCAGGCCGCCUCACCACAGCGGGACAGAGCUGGAUCAGGACGGGGCCCCUGGAUCCUUCUGCCCCUCAGAGUGGAACUGGCUUUCCAUCUAUUCAACCACAGUGAAGAGCGCAGAGGCGUUUGCUCGUGGCACCGCCUUCCCAGAAUCCUUCAUUGCACCUGAAUUCCACCAUUCUGGAUCCACGGAGUUGACCAAACCAUUGGACAACAGUAAAUGGACCUUCAUGAUGGAUGAACAGCUCAUGUCCUGGGCGACCAGCAGACCUGAAGACUGGCAGCAGGGUGGUAAAAGUGAGGUGUAUUUGUGGGGUAAUGGACGUCACGGGCAGCUGGCGGAUGCUGGGACCAGCGCGUCUGUGCCCACACUCGCUCCCUCUCUCUCGCAGACUCAACAGGUUGUGUGUGGUCAGAACUGCACGUUCCUGGUUCAGGCUAAUGGUACGGUUCUGGCAGUAGGGGAGGGCAGUUACGGUCGACUCGGACAGGGUAACUCAGACGACCUCUACACCCCAACCAUCAUCUCAGCUUUACAAGGCUAUGUAGUGACUCAGCUGGUGACAUCAUAUGGGUCUGAUGGCCACUCAUUGGCUCUCACUGAGACCGGAGAGGUGUUCAGCUGGGGUGAUGGGGAUUAUGGGAAACUCGGCCACGGGAACAGUGAAAGGCAAAGGCGACCUAAACAGAUCGAGGCUCUGCAGGGAGAGGAAGUGGUGCAGUUGGCGUGUGGGUUCAAACACUCAGCUGUCAUCACAGCAGACGGAAAACUCUUCACCUUUGGCAGUGGAGAUUCUGGACGCUUGGGUCAGAGGUCAACUUCAAACAAGAUGGUCCCAGAGAGAGUGACAGCACUGGAUGGGUACCACAUUGGACAGGUGUCAUGUGGCAUCAAUCAUACUUUGGUCCUGUCAUCAGACGGCCUGAGUGUGUGGGCUUUCGGAGACGGUGAUUAUGGUAAACUGGGUAUUGGACCAUGUACAGUGAAAUGCUACCCACAGAAAGUGGAGGCUCUUUGCAAUAAAGGCAUUAAGAAGGUUGGAUGUGGAACACAUUUCUCAGUGGUUCUGGCAAAAGAUGGACACGUCUACACAUUCGGUCAAGAGCGUCUGAUUGGUCUGCCGGACUCCAUGCUGAAGAAUCACAACCGGCCGCAGAUCAUUCCCGCUCUGGAGGGCGUCUUCAUUGAGGAUAUUGCUGUGGGCUGUGAACACAUCCUUGCCUUAUCCAACACUGGAGAUGUGUAUGCAUGGGGCUGCAACUGUGAGGCCCAGCUGGGUCUGGGCCAUUCCAAUCCUGUCAAAGAGCCCACUCUGGUUACUGCUCUACAGGGCAAGAACAUCAGGCAGAUCUCGGCUGGACGCUGUCAUACCUCAGCCUGGACCACACCGGCUUUGUCAACCAGAGCUUCAGGUUGUUCAGGGAUACAGCUGGGUCUGCCUCAGUGCGUGCCUCCGCAGUAUAACGCCCUCAAAGACUGCAGCCCUGAAGUGCUAAACACCCGUCUCAGAGUACUGUACCACUUCUCUGAUCUUAUGUACAAGUCCUGGAGGCUUCUGAACCUCGACCCCCGCUGUCAGGUAAAUGCUUCCCGCUAUAGCUCUGGUACAGCUGCCAUCGUACAGGGCCAACUCCGAGGCCUCCUGUCCCCGAAAGUCAACACACUUCCUCUCGUUCGCACUAUCGGCAGAACCAUGACCCAGGGAAAGACCUACGGUCCCCAGAUAACAGUCAAACGGAUCUCCACCAGGGGGCGCUCAAGCAAGCCCAUUUUCGUGCAGAUAGCCAAACAGGUGGUGAACCUGAACCCUACUGAGCUGCGUCUGCCCUCCAGAGCAUGGAAGGUGAAACUGGUUGGAGAAGGGGCGGAUGACGCCGGCGGCGUGUUUGACGACACCAUUACCGAAAUGUGCCAAGAGUUGCAGUCCGGUGUGGUCGAGCUUCUCAUUCACACUCCCAACAGCUCUGCAGAUGUUGGUAGCAACACGGACAGGUUCUUACUGAACCCAGCAGCAGUCUCGGAUGAUCACAUGGUGCAGUUUCGCUUCUUGGGGAUCCUAAUGGCGGUGGCCAUUCGAACCAAAAAGCCUUUGGAUCUGCACCUGGCACCUUGGGUGUGGAAACAGCUGUGCUGUAUUCCUCUGGGAGCUGCCGACCUGGAGGAGGUGGAUCUGCUCACGUACCGCUCACUUCAGGGCAUCUUACACCUGGACAACAGCGUGAUCAAUGAAGAGAACUUCACAGUGAUGAUCCCUCUGGACUCGUUUGUGGCACACAGUGCUGAUGGCACAUUGGUUCCAGUGAUUCCUGGUGGGCACUACGUCCCUCUGACAUUCUCCAGCAGGAACGAUUAUGUGGAGAGAGCCUUGCACUACAGACUUCAUGAGAUGGACAGACAGGUGGCAGCAGUGAGGGAGGGCAUGUCCUCAAUUAUCCCAGUCCCGUUGCUUUCCCUGCUCACGGCUCGACAGCUGGAACAGCUGGUGUGUGGCCUGCCCGAGGUCUCUGUGGAAAUGUUGAAGAAGGUGGUCCGAUACCGUGACAUUACUGACAGCCAUCAGCUCAUUGGCUGGCUGUGGCAGAGCCUCGAGGAAUUCACCAAUGAAGAGAGAGUCCUGUUCCUGCGGUUCGUGUCUGGACGUUCCAGACUGCCAUCCAAUCCGGCAGAUAUCACACAAAAAUUUCAGAUCAUCAAAGUUGAUCGGCCUGUGAAUGGACUUCCUACGGCCCAGACGUGCUUCUUCCAGUUGCGCCUUCCUCCCUACACAAACCAGGCCAUACUAGCCGAGCGCCUACGCUAUUCCAUUCACAACUGCCCCUCAAUAGACAUGGACAACUACAUGCUGUCACGCAACACCGACCCCGCAGACAGCUCUGACACAGAGUUCUAACGUGGCCCUCGCAAAAACAGACUCUAUAACGCUACGAAGCACAGAAUAACCCUCAUAAAUGCCUCCGGUUGCACUUAUUCCUCAUACAUGCAAUACAGUUUUCAGUCCCAAAGCCACACAUACGUACUCUCUGCAGUACCCAGAAUGCACUGCAGACACCAGUUCUUCCACAAGGUCAAAGGGAGAAUAUUUAAGCAAUUCAAUUCUGUAUUUAGUCAUUUUUGUAUCAUCUUCGUGCUUCUGAAUAUUGCGGGAAAGAUUCUAAAACAACAACAAAAAAAGUAUAAUACUGUUACAAGCGCCGUUCCUGGAAUGGUCGCAAAGUUUCUUCUCUUGGCGUAAGCUACAGAAACUGGGCCGGUUCGUAGGUGAGCACUUGGCAGCUAGCUUCCUGUCCCAGUUUAUGCCAAAGGCUAUUAAACUACUGUACUGUACUGUACACGAUACCUUCUGACUCAGUGAAAAAAAACGAACAAAAUAAAAAUGUACUGUGAGUCUGAGAAACAAAUCCCAGAGCAAUCGUUGUUUGGGCGUUUGUAUCAAGCUAGCUUGUAUCUUUAAUGAAUGUAUCCUUGCAAAUGCCAUGCACGUGUGCACUCCAGUCUUUUAUUUGCCAAAUACUGUACUGAUGCUGUACAUUUACAUAGGGUUUAAUGAAUUUAAGCCUUUUUUGUGUUUUUUUUUGCAACUGUGAAACAGCGCGUGGAGACGUCUGUGCAUUCUCACAGAGCGAGAGUGCAGGUUUGCUACACUGAUGCUGAUUGGUCAUCAGUAUUAUUAUUAUGUGCUUCGGGCUUGUAUGCCUCAAUGCUGGAUGUAAUACAUGUUUUGACUGUUUUUACAGGUGUGUUUGAUAGAGGAGAGUCACUCUUUACUCUCCAACCUUCAGUAUGCGGUGGUUUACAGUAUUGGUAAAUUAUUAUGUUUUUCCUGAAAUAUUUAUCUGAUUGAGCUUUGUGUUGGAAAGACGACUGAGGAGGACUCAUUGUGCCGUUUUGCACUUAAAAGAACAUUCCCCUAUUUUUAAAAAUAGGCUCACUUUCCAACUCCCCUAGAGUUAAACAGUUGAGUUUUACCGUUUUCGAAACCAUUCAGCCGAUCUCUGGGUCUGACGGUAGCAUAGCAUAGAUCAUUGAAUCUGAUUAGACCAUAAGCGUCUCGCUUAAAAAUGACCAAAAAAUUUCAGUAUUUUUCCUAUUUAAAACUUUAAAAGACACUUCCAUGUACUAAGACUGACGUAAAAAUAAAAAAAAAGCCAUAUUGGCUUAGAAAAUUGUAACUUUUCAUUUGCCGCCUGUCUUGGUACACAAUGUAACUACAGAAGAGUCAAGUUUUAAAAAGGAAAAAUAUCAAAACUCUAUGGUCAUUUUUGAGUAAGAUUCUUACGGUCUAAUCCAAUUCAAUGAUCUAUGCUAAGCUAAGCUAAAAGUGUUACCGCCAGACCCAGAGAUCGGCUGAAUGGACUCGUAAAUGGUAAAACUCAACUGUUUAACUCUAGGAGAGUUGUAAAAUGAGCCUAUCUUCAAAAAAAAGUGGAGUGUUCCUUUAAGACCUAUAUGCAUUUCGCUUUAGGAAAAUCUUAUUCACUAUAAUAUUUGCAGAUUUCAGAUUAAUUUAUCUAGUGAUUCUUCUAACCCAAGUCACUACUGAUAUACUGUAAGCCCCUUGGCUGAUUUUUUAUGGAAGUAUCCAGAACUAACUUUAACAUGAAUGAGUACUUUGUUAGGCUAUGAUGUGGUAUUUGGUAAUGCUCAAAUUUCAGAUUAAGCCAUAAAACAAGAAUGAACAAGAACUGUAUGACAUCUCAUGUCGAUGGCCUCUCAGAUGAAAGAUGCCCUGUACUGUAAAUUAAAUUUAGUGUACAGAC